CACUGCGAACACCUAGAUGGACCACACGUGGACUUAGUGUACACUAUGUGCGUUUUCACGGGUGCGCGCUGUAUCCAUCUUUCGUGCAGGAAAAGCAAGCUCUAUGGGACGCCAAUCGCACCGAAAUGGGACUCGAGGCUGACUGCAGUCUGCAGUUCGGACCACGCUAUGCAUUGACAUCACGUCCUAACAAUGGAAGUGCCCCUGUCAUGCCCAACGAUGGAUGCGCUCACCAUCAAGGUCAAGGUCAAAAGUCGGGGUCCGGACUCGGAGGCUCGUAGAACCAACCAGGCGUUCCCACCAGGCGUUCCCGCAUCCCCCACGCUGCAGGUCCAGAUAAGAUUCUCAUCCGUAUCCGGUAUCCACCGACUCCUCGAAGGGAACCAAUGCCCCCCUGAGGCCCCUAUGCUUGGCGCCUCCGCACCAGGUCGCCGACGUUGGGUUGUUUCUAGUGUACACACUUUUUAUUACCCACGCUGCCGACAUUGUGAGCAUCCGUUUCAAUGCCGAAUCCGGGUUUCUGUCUGCGGAGACAACCACUCUCAAGGUUCUCUCCCCGUAUCGACACGUGAAAUUGAGAAAAUGACACAAUUGUUGGUGUCGGCAGUUCGACACCGAGGGUUGUGGAGAAACAGGAGACCCUAGUAGCGCCGCAAAGCCACAAAUGAUGCUUCUUCCAUCGCCCUCUCUUCGCUACACGUAUCCGUCCCUCGUGCUGCGCUGCGAAGUAAAGAUGAUCGCCGUCUCUAUGUAUCGAAACCGGUUAGCGCAAGAGUCCACCGUCCAUUGCAUUCUGGCGCCCUCUGCUGACUGUGUGAUCCGUAACUACACUGUGUA